AUGCAGCGUAAGAACCAGAUUUUCCUCGCUCGCCUUUGUGGCCAGGCUGAGCGCUACGAUGAUAUGGUCCCCUUUCUGAAGGAAGUCGUCAAGACGGGUAGUGAGCUGAGUGUCGAUGAGCGGAACCUUCUCACCACUGCUUUUAACAACGUGUUCGGCACCCGCCGUGCCAGCUGGCGCAUUAUCUCCUCGAUCGAGCAAAACGAGUUAAGGGGUAAUGAGACGCAUACUACUACUAUACGUGGAUACCGCAUUAAGAUUGAGAAUGAGCUCGAGAAGAUCUGCCGGGACGUCUUGGAUCUGCUAGACGGGAGCCUGAUUCCCAAUGCCAGUACUGGCGAGUCGAAGGCCUUAUAUUACAAGAUGAAGGGUGACUACAGCCGUUACCUAGCCGGGUUCGUGUCGGGUGAGGAGCACAAUCUUGCAGUUACCUCUGCAUACAAGGCCUACAAGAUUGCUGCCAAUGUUGCUCAAACAGAGUUCACGGCCACUCACCCAUUGCGGCUGGGCUUGGCUCUCAACUUCUCUGUCUUCUACUACAAAAUUCUGGAUUCACGCGAUCUUGCCCGGCGUCUUGCGAAGCAUGCUUUUGAUGAUGCCAACGCCGAGCUCGAUGCCCUGACCGAGGAGCCUGAUGGCGACAGCAUCCUCAUCAUGCAACUCCUUUGUGACAACCUGACCCUUUGGGCGUCUUCAGACAGUGAUAAGCCUGAAGGCAUCCGUUGA